AUGGGCCACGGACGCACGCUCGAGUAUCCCAAGACGCCCAUCAACAGGGUGAAUCGCUAUAAUCAGCGAGCAACCUACGAUCUCGAGCAGAUCCACACCAUCAUCAACACGAGCACAGUUCUUCAUGUCUCGUUCAAUACGGCGGAUGCGGCAAAUCCCUUUCCCGUGACCUUGCCUAUGGUCGGCGUGGCGGCCUCGUUCGACCACCCGUCCUCCUCCCUGGGCGAGCCCCUCGACGUCUACCUCCACGGCUACGUCAGUUCGCGACUGAUGAAUCUGUCGCGCCGCGCCGAGACGGUGGCCGAGGUCGGCGGGACAGCUACAUCGGCACCCGAAGCAGGCCUCCCCGUGACCAUCUCGGCCACCAAAGUCGACGGCCUAGUCCUCACGUUGACUCCCAACACGCACGAUGUGAAUUACCGAUCCGCCACCCUGUACGGGUACGCGACGCUGGUGUCUUCGACGGACGAAAAGCUCUGGGCCAUGGAGAUGAUCACCAACAGCGUGGUUUCCGGGCGGUGGGCCCAUACGCGCGUCCCGCCCGACACGGCCGAGAUGACCAGCACGAGUAUCUUGAAGGUGAAAGUCGUCGGGGGCAGUGGGAAAAUCCGCGUCGGCGGGCCGCGGGACGAGCGGAAGGACCUCGACCGCGCGGACGUGCGGGCUCAAGUCUGGACGGGCACAAUCCCGGUGUGGGAAUCGUUCGGGGACCCUGUGGCGUUCGAGGGCGUCGGCGUGGGGCACGGGAAGGGCAACUUGGUGCCAGUCGUGCCGGAGCAUGUCGUGAGUUUCGUGCAGGAGCGGAGGGGGGAGAAUGAGCGGUACGCGUUGGCCGCGGUGGAGGAUCGGAGCCAAGAUUAA